UGCUUCAAUAUGACAAGAUGGCUACCACGGAGGGGUAUGCUGAUCAUUGUUGUUCCCAUGAACUUGUUGACUUAUAUUCAGUGAAUUCCAUUAUGAAAUCGUUUUAUUGGAAAUUGUCUUGCACAAAUUGUCAACAGAAGCACAAAUUUUGGAGCAAAAUGCCGAAAACUAGCCAGGAUGAAUUUCUGCCUCGUGAUCGCACAUGACUUUGUUUUGGAUUUUACACUGCAGUAGGCCCUUGUAGCUUCCCACACAACGAAGAAGCUGAUGGUGUUUGGUCACAUAACAUGUUGAACAGAGUCAGUAGGUGGAGUGACGACAACAAAAGUAGUCUAGACGCAGCUAAAGAAGCAGCAGCCAAAGUGAAUACUAUGCUCAUUGCUAAAGGCAAACUCAAACCAUCACAGUUAUCUCAGCAGCACGGUAGCAAACAGAUGAAGGUCGGAGCUAUAAACAACCUCGUGGUGGCUGAAGUAGAAAUCAAUGAUGUUCCUAUUGGAUGUCGAAAUAUGCUCACUCGAGGAUCUACACAAGAGGAGAUUUCAAAAUUUAGUGGUGCAGCGGUAUCUACUAGAGGGAGAUAUCUUAAUCCAGAGGACAGGGCUAGAAACCUGGGAGACCGCCCGUUGUACCUCUGUGUCCAGGGUCCUGUCCAAGAAUCUGUCGAUAUGGCUGUUGGAAGGAUCAAUGAAAUAAUUACUAAUGGAAUGAAGACAAAAGGCACCCGAUUCUCUCCAGCAAUACGGCCGCCCCCGCCAAUGCAGCGACCAGCAUUUAACCAACCACCACCAUUGAUGUCGAUUCCCAGUCUACCAGCUGGGAUGAUGUUCCUUCAGGAGAAACUAUUUAUUGGACUAGAACAUGCGCCUCCAAACUUUGAUGUUAAGGGCAAAACUAUGGGGCCAGGGGGAUCCUACCUCCAACACAUACAAGCUGAGACAGGAGCACGCGUGACACUACGAGGAAAAGGAUCGGGAUUCCUCGAGCCUCUAUCUGGCCGGGAAGCAUUUGAACCGAUGCAGAUUCAUAUCCAGCAUCAAAAUGUUGUUGGACUCCAGCAAGCUAAGCAGCUAGCGGAAAAUCUCAUCCAAACGGUACAACACGAUUAUGCCCAGUUUCAGCAGGCAUUGGUUGCCUUGCCGCCAACCAUAGCCCCAGGACCGGCCACCAUUCUCGCCGGCAUACCACAUCAGUCAGCACCUCCAGGUAUGAUGGGCCAACAACCAGGAAUGGCAACACUGACGUCCGUGGCACAGCCUCCGAUUCAGAACCACCCUGGUCUCCAACCUGUCACCUCGUUCUCUGGGCUAGUCAACCAAGUAGCUUCGUCUGUGGUGAUGCCUUCCAGUUCUGCUCUUGCCACACCCACUUCAGUGUUCACAGCUGCACCAGGUACAUCGGUUACAGGGGCACACCCACCUCCUCAGAUGCUGGUGCAGACUACAGGCCCUCCGCCACCCCACCAGUUGACCACCCUGGCCCCCAUGGGUCCACCUCAGAUAGAGGCACCGGUACCUACGACAACCCUUGUCACAACUGUGCAGCCAGAACUACAGCUGGUAUCCCAUUCCCAGCCAGUCCCCAUAUGGGCUGCCCCACCUCAGCCUCUCCCACCAAGCUCAAUAUAUGCCCAGGUAAAUGGUCAGUCGAGUCCUGCUAUGAGCUUUGCAACUUCGGCACCUAUGAUUGUGACCACUGCGUCGACGUACACAUAUUCACCUAUGCCUCGGGAAGAACCAAAAAGGAGAUUUACUGAGGAGAAACAGGAAGAGAAAGUGCCAGAGAAUUUACUUGGAUAUGAGCAUGGGCCACCUCAUCUGACCAACUUAGUGGUUCAGGGACCCCCACCCCCGAACACCUCUAUGCCACAACAACAACUGCAGAUCUCUCCCCCUCAAGGUGGGGAAGUCCCACCCAUGGGAAUGCAUGGUGUCCCCCAAGGAAUGCCUAUAGCAUCCAUGGCACCACCUGGAUUACCUGUUGAGGAGAAUAGGAGUCUGAUUGGAGGUGGCCAGGUCAAUAGCAGUGGCCUACAACAACAGUCGCCACACCCUCCCAGCUCACCCCACCCCCCAGGUCAGGAGCUAUCGGACCAGGACAAGAAACUGAUGCCACCUCCCCCACUGCCUGGAAUGAACUUAAAGAGACAAGGAGGUGAAAGACAAGGUGGACUGGACAGGAAAAAGUCCAAAGGAGCUCUAGGUAGUGUUUCUGCUUACGGGUCAGACGAGGAUGAUGAUGACAUCAACUCAUCAAUGAAACAGCAGCAGAAGGAGGCUCAGAAGUACCAAUACAACCAGUACUCCAAUGCUCCCCAGAUCUAUCAGCAGGCUGCUCCCGUUAUCGUUGGAGAAGCUCACAUGUUACCUCCACCCCCUCAACAACAGGGUCUGCCUCCGGGCAUAGAACAGCACAUCCUGCCUCCCCAACAACAGGGCAUGCCACCCCCGCCCCAGCAACAGGGCAUGCCACCCCCGCCUCAACAACAGGGCAUGCCUCCCCCACCUCCUCCACAGGAACAAUUUCCCCAAGGACAGUAUCCUCCCCUCCCGGAGUCUCCAAACGCUCAACAACAACAAGAAAUAAUGCAGAUUAACCAAAUUCAGCACCAAGUGCCCUUCCCCAGUCAGCCGCCCCCCAAUCAGCCUUACCCACAGCCCCAGAUGACAGGCAAUCCACCCCAAGACCAGGCUCACCCUUACCCCCAACACUCCUCUCCUAGCCCGUCUCCACAGUUCGUCAAUGUCUCGCAGGCCAUUACAGUGACUGGUCCCCCUCCUCCCAUGCAGAGGAUGCCCGGGGAGCAAAUGAUGCAUCUUCAAGGUCAACGUCUGCCAACCCCAGAGGAGAUGCCUCCUCCCCCACACCCAGGAAUGGGCCAGAGGAUACCACAAGAACAACUCCAGCCACCGCCUCCAAGCUUUGCUAAUAUGCCUCCACCCCCACCCAAUCAGUCUCAGUUUGCCCCUCAGUAUGCCCCCCAGAACCCCCCACAGUUUGCCCCCGCCCCUGGACAGCAAUUCCAACCCCAGCAACCACUGCCACCUCCACCCCCACCAAACAGUGCCAUGCAGCCACAGCCUCCAUUACAAUUCUGGAUGCCUAAUUGAUGGGGAGGAAUACUUCUCAAGGAGGAAAAAGCUGUCUCAUCUGGUAUGAGGAUGACACAUAGAGGAAAACUAUGUGUACCGUUCCUGUAGAACGCCGAGGGAAGGGUCCAUGUCUCUUACAAGGAUUGGGUGAACACUGGAUUUAGCGCCUAGAGAAUGGUUUUUUGUGGAGAACCUGGUGAACAUGUCACUGUUGUAAUCCCAGGACAAUGUUUGAUCGAGAUCGAGAUGGACCACUUAGGAAGUGGAUUGUGAAAGGAUGCUAUGUCCAAAAAACGCUCGAUACGGAUGAAGAGAACCUGUCAAGUAAAAGAACAAUGUACGAGGGUUUGUAUGAGGUCAGAGGUGUCGUAACAUAGUUGAACAUGUCCUAUGUUAUGCGUGCGGACUCAUUUAGAAUAAUUGAUGAAUGAAAAAUAUUGGCCUUUCAUUACAUAACUGUAAGAGCCGUGACACACACACUUGGUAGGACUUGCAAUGGUGCAGUGGACAAUGUGUCAAUUCUGACCUCGUACCACCGACGCAGCGUGUCAUGAAGUAUAUUGAUACACACAGUGGACAAUGUGUCAAUUCUGACCUCAUACCACCAACGCAGCGUGUCAUGAAGUAUAUUGAUAAACACAGUGUGUCAAUUCUGACUCGUACCACCAAUGCAGCGUGUCAUGACGUAUAUUGAUAAACACAGUGUGUCAAUUCUGACUUGUACCACCAACACAGCGUGUCAUGAAGUAUAUUGAUAAACAGUGGACAGUGUGUCAAUUUUGACUUGUACCACCAACGCAGCGUGUCAUGAAGUAUAUUGAUAAAAACAGUGGACAGUGUGUCAAUUCUGACUCGUACCACCAACGCAGCGUGUCAUGAAGUAUAUUGAUAAACAGUUGACAGUGUGUCAAUUCUGACUCGUACCACCAACGCAGCGUGUCAUGAAGUAUAUUGAUAAACAGUGGACAAUGUGUCAAUACAGAGUACAAGACUAACACUACUGUUUGCUAUAUAGACUUAAGUUGACAGUUGAGAUCACCAGUGACGCUGUAGGUAGCUGCCAUGUGUAUCGUGGGGUAGAGAAGACGUACCUCUAGGGCUGUGAAGUCCUGAUCAUUAAUCAUAUGUGUUCAAUGACGCGCGUAACUGCUGAAUUGGUCAUGCCUUUUUUUGUUAUUUAGAGUAUUUAUUUUUCAUUAAUCUGUCACAAUGGAAUGUCAGCGGACAGUAUCAUUGCUGUUGAUGUGUUUUACUGCAGAUCUUUUUAUUCGAUACCAAAUUUAAAAUGUUACAUAAAUGAAAUAUCCUGUACAAGUAACACUGACACAACCAGACCCGUCAAAUUUUUAUCCAAGACUGAUUGUGUUUUUUUUCCUAUUAGUUGGAUGGUCCUUGUAAACAACUUUAAUAUUGCAUAGGUAUGUUGUAAACUGCUAUACAUGUACACCCUGUUCUUCCUGUUUGUACUUUGUGGUCCAAAUGACCUACAUGUAACAGUAUUAAUCAAGUAUUUUGGAUGUCAUUUUCAAGAUGUGUCAAAGUUUAUAUUGUUUUUUUCUUCCAAUAUUGCCAUUUCAAGGGGAUCAAUCAGAUGUUGAGCCUUGUAUAGUUUACAGCACUCUUUAUCAGCACCAUCAAGUUAAAAUGACUUUGAAUUGCUCUACAUGUAUUUCCUGGAAAAAAAGUGUUACAUUUUGUGAACUUAUGUCAUGGUGAGGCAUCUGUUGUCUGGGGUCCAGAGUAAACUACUCAUUUAAACAACUUCUCAAUAAUUAAAAGGCCCAGACCCUGAUAUAUGGCAUGUAGCAUGCUGGGGUGAAAGGCUAACAAGUUUGUUAAAAUGAAUGACCUUGACCUGCAUUCAAGGGCACAGGGGUCAAAUAUGCUGCAAUCUUUACAUGUAAACAACUUUUCAAUAUUGGGCUUGUAACUUGCUAGUUGAAAGCGCUAUCAAGUUUGUUCAGACUGAAUGAGCUUUACUUACAUUCAAGGUCACACUGACACAGUUCACAUGGUCAAAUAAGAAAAAAAAUCUUCAAACAACUUGUCAAUAACCAAACUGCCCAAUAUACACAAUUUCUGGAAAUAAAACUCAUAACAAUCAACUAUCGAUGACUUUUACUUUACAUAGCAAUCUCCCACUUCUUUUAUUAAUGCCAUGUGAGUGGUAUAUGCCCAUUAGGCCACUUGUUAAUUUGUUUUUUCAAUUUUCUUACAUUUUGAAUUUUUAAUAAAAUGAGCCAUUUCUACAUAUUGCUAAUUUAUUGAUCUUGCAGCUUAUUAAAUGUUUCCUACUGAAAAACGUAAUUGCAUUUUAAAUUAAAAAUGAAAAGAAAGAAAAAGAAGAAAUUGAUUAGUGUCAUGUUCAAAUUAAAUUUGUUAUUAAUAUUUUAUCAAGAUGAAAGAGGUUCGUUUGAAAAUUUAUUAAUUAUCUGAACUUAUUGUGAUAUAAUUGAACAGUGUUUGAGAAUGCUGUACAUGUAUAUUUGUAUGAUAUCAGUUGAUCUUAGGGGAGUCAAAAACCUACUUUCUAGAUUUUACUGCAUGUCCUGCUACCAAGCUUAUAAUUACCAGGCAGGGUAUAUAAAUACUAAAACUCUUUGGAUUUACUCUCUUGCAAAACUCCAGUUAGACAUUUUAUCAUUUCCUUAUUGUGAAAACAUUUGUCAUGGGUUCUAACAACCUAUGAUCAUGAGCAUUUAGCAAAUCAAAUGCCAUAUUUUACCAACAAAAUUUUUAUUGUAUGACAGUCCUCAGAAUCGAAUGAUAAAAAUAGGUCUGUUUUAGGCAACUU